ACGUAAUCAUAUUUACUUUGUCAUUAAACCAUUCCUUUCAAAUUUCUCAUCAUUGGCUUGUUUUGAAAUGUUGAUGUUGUAUCUGCGACCGUCGUAAUAUUUUAUAUUAUUGGCAGUGGGCUCAAUUGAUGAUCUGGUUUCAUGUGGAGUUAGAUAAAAGGUGAUUAUGGCUAUAUUGAGUGUAUCUCUACUUGAUGAUGUUUUCUCAGCCUGUUAUUGCCAAAUUUCAAACUUCUAUGAAAUGAUUUUAGCGAAUUCAGCCUUUACGAGCUAUUUAAGGGCUUGGGUAGGGCUGGCCAUUCGGUUACCGGUUGCCAGUUAACCGAAUAACCUAGAAAAGGGGCUGUGGGCGGUUGGCGGUAGCGAGCCUGGUCGUACCGGUUAACCGGCUAACCGACACAACUAGCCGGCCUUAAGCAAAACGACGCCGACCCUCAAAUCCCUAAGGCCUCUACCAUAAAAUCCCUAAAUCGAGCGGACCCUCAAAUCCCUAAUUGAGCAUACCCUCAAUCUCAAAUCCCUCAAUCUCUUUUGCGCAUCGAGACCCUCAGCCAUCGCCGCCGCCCGCCAGCCAUCCCUCUCCUUUUCUACAACCAUUUCAACCAACUUCCACUAGCAACUCUCUCUCUCUCUCUCUCUCUCUCUCUCUCUCUCUCUCUCUCUCUCUCUCUCUCUCUCUCUCUCUCUCUCUCUCUCUCCGAUUCUCGGUUUUCAAGCUUUGUAAUCAAUUAAUUUGGGCCAGGGGAAAUGGAAUUCGAGUCGUGGACACAUCACGAACCGGCGUCGUUCCCGCCGAGGAGAGGGCAGAUCAAGAUCAACAUCUUUAGGAGCUUCAUCAAAUCGGCGGCUUCCAUUGCCGGAGGAAAGAAGCAGUGCCAUCCCGCUGAAUUGGCUGGGUGGAGGAGCGGCAGCGGCAACUCUUUCUCGUCGUCGUCUCCACCGCCGACUCCGCCUGCUACUCCGACAGGCUACUUCUCCGACGACGACGACAACCGUUAGAUAGUAUUGAUACUGCUGAUGAUCAUCCAUCGGAAUUACGAGCCGAUCGAAAUGUUUCUUCUUCUCUCUCUCUGCCACUCUUCUUGUGUUGUGCAGUUGUCGAACCAUUCGACUACCGAUCUGGCCCAAGUGUGGGCAAGUUCUGAGUUUUGUUGUGGGCCCUGGGCUUGGCCGGUUUGGUUACUGGUUCGGUUAGUCGGCUAAAACCGCAUUGUCUUGUUUGUCGCGGUUACUUCGGUUAAUCAAGUAACUAACCGGUAACCGACCGGUCGAUUGCCGGCUAACCGAAGCUUUCCUUCGAUCGGUUGGCGGUGGUAAUAGCUGAUACCUCGAAACCGAUAACCGACAUUUCGGUUAUCGGUUAUAACUGAACUAACCGAAAAUCCAGCCCUAGGCUUGGGGGUGGUGGAGUUACAUUGAAAGAAAGAAACCCGCCGCAUGCCCGUGUACUGUACACGUAGACACCUUUUACUGUACAACGUGACUGAGAUUUACUGUUUCAAACUGGCAUGUCCUUCGGUGUGGGCUGGAGUUGGGUGAGGCCUCAUUGGGAUCUGGCGUGGGAUUUGGCGGGCUCUGGGGUCUCGGUCGGUGUGGGACUGGUCGUUGGCUUCUGGUUGGCCUUAGUUGCGGUCGUUUGGUGGCCCCGGCGCGUGUUGGUCAUCAGAGAUCGAUAUUUGACUUUGGCCCGAGCGGGCACGCGGAUCGAGGGUUUUUCGGUUACUCUGUGGGUUUUCUGCUGGGUAGGGAUCGUUGAGUGGUGGGAGAUCUGGCGGGUUUGGGAGAGACUGUGCUGGGAGAUGGGAUAGCUCAGAGAUGGUGGGUCAUAAGAGGGACUGAAAAGUUGAUUGAAAGGAGUUGUGUUGCUCAGUAUCUCUGCAUUGGGGUCGUUUGGUGGCUCAGACGCGCGUUCGUCAUCAGAGAUCUAUAUGCUGCUUUGGCCCAGGCGGGUGUGUGGACCGAGGCUUAUUCAGUUACUUUGGGUGUUCUACUGGGGAGGGAUCAUUGAGCGGUGGGAGAUCUGGCGGGUUUGUGGAUGUGUGGAUGAGAUUGACAUGCCUGGACAGUGGGGAGGUGGGUCGUUCGAGAAACAGAAAAGGGUUUCCUGGAUACAGAGAGAUACCUUGACAUGUUUUUUCUCUACUGUUUGAAAAGACCGGGUUUUGUUGUCUCUGGGAGGCCUUGGAAAGUCCUUGCGUUGUUCGACGCUGAGAGAGGCUAUUACUGUUUUGUGCAGGCUAAGGCAUUAAUUAAUUAAGAAGAUCUGUUUCUUUUCUUUUUCUUCAGCUUGGUGCUUAAAGAAAACUUUGCUUCUCUUUGGCAUGUUACUCUCUCGCCUUUUGUUAUUCACCUCUCCGGCUUCUCUCUCUCUCUCUCUCUCUCUCUCCCUCGGUGUUCUCUCUGCGUUUGGAAUUUUCAUCUCUCUUCUUGGGAGAAGGAGGAGUUGAAAGCCACGAAGAAGAAGGUUUGAGAGAUCUGGAGGAGAUCCAGACCCACUGUGGGACAGUUCAGAGGUCUGGAGAAGAUCCAGUUUCGCAGGUUUUGUAUUCGUCCCAGGUGAUUUCUCCGUCUCUCUAUGUUGAGUUUACUUUUCUCUUUUUGCAAGUCUCUUAAUCGUUUGGAUCCUGUGCUUCUGUUUGUAAUUGCAGGUAGUUGAAAGGCUGUUUUGUGUUCAGUUUGCUAACCAUAGUAUUUGCCAGUAACCUUUGUUGAUCAUCAUCAAAGUUAAGAUGGUCAUUAAUCAAGGGAUUUGAUCCGUUGUCAGGAAUCUCCGAUUUAUCGAUAUAUAAUCACAUCUUACUUUCAUCUUUUUGUUUGAGGGAUUGUUGGUGAUUUCCGGAAUCUUAAAUCGAGGAUUGUUUUAUGAGUUGUGUGGAUCUGAUAGGUUUUUUGUCAUUUCGAUGAGGAUGAAGGGGUUGAUUGGAUGAGGAUUGAGGAGCCCGCCAUCUGCUGUUUCCCUGCACCAGUGAGGAUGAAGAAUGCGUCGUCUGUUUGCGCCUACUUCUGACCAGUAUAGGAUACUGACUGUACAGAUCGGCAAGUUUUCAUGAAGUCUUAUGCUAAAGGUCGCGUCCACUCCCUGUCUUUCCCUCUAUUUUUUUUCUUCUUUUGCGUUUUAGGUUUGUUGUGAAUUGUAAUCAUUGUUGUUACAUUACCACCUUUGUGGGUGUCUACGGUUUUUUUGAGUUUGGACCGGAUUUUCUGCGUGGUGCUUUGCGAAGUUGAGCACGUUGCCCGCGGAGGUCCGAUCCUUUCCUCCUCUUUUUCUGGCUGUAUUUUCUCGUAUGCCUUCUCCUCUCUCUGGGCUUCUGAUACGAGACAGGGAUCUGACUCGACCCUCAUUGAGAAAGAAAUGGAAUGUCAGUUCUUGGUGGUGGUCUCGAGACGAGAGAGGACUCAGAGGAGAAAAGGAUUUGGCUCGACUCUCCUUGAGAAAGAAAUGGAAGGUCAGUUGUUGUUGGUGGUCUCGAGACGAGAGAGAACUCAGAGUAGAGAAGUGGCUCCAGUUCCUAUCGUGCUUUUCUCAAUGUUAUGCUUUCAAAUUCUUUGAGUGGAAAUGGUUCUUGCUAAUUUUUGGGGUGCGUUUGGAGCCCAUGAGUGAUUACGUUCUUUAGUAGGAUUAGAAUCCACUCUUACUAUUUGUUGGCAUUCUUCUCUGUAAUGUAUUUGAAUGGCGACCCAUGAAUUAUUGCAUGGUGGCAAAACAGGUGUUGCCUUUGCAAUUGCUACUAUUUUGAAUAAAUGUAUGUAUAGAGAAUUCCACUUUGGCCCUUAUGUGUUUCUAGAUGGGGUGCUUUUACCGAUAGGGUAGAUGGUUACAUUUGGAGGGCGGAGGAACAGUCAGAUCUAGGAAGUAUUAGUGUAUCUAAUGAACCUCUUUUGUAUAA